AUGACUUCCGCUCCCUCCCACGAGAACGAGAAGCUCGACGACUCUGAGAAGGCCAUCAAUUCCGCAGACCAAGCCCGAACGCAAAAUGCAGCCGACGUCAAGACGAGCCCCGGAACUACAGGGAGUGACGCACAUGCUAUGCAUGGCUUCAAGCUCUUUGCCAUCUUCGUGGGCAUCUGUUUCGGGGCCUUUUUGAUGUCACUAGACAUAUUCGUCAUUGCAACGGCUAUCCCAUCAAUUACCUCAGAUUUCCAGGACACUUCUCAACUGGCAUGCAACACUUUUAUUCCAGGUCGCGCAAUUGCGGGUAUUGGGGCGUCGGGCGUCGCAAGCGGAGGCUUCGUGAUCGUUCUCACCGUCUCUCCUGAGAAAUCGAAACCGCUGCUACUGGGAAUAUGCAGCAGCUGCUUCGUCCUGGGUCUUAUCUUGGCUCCCGUCAUUGGCGGCGCAUUUACGGAAAAGGCGACUUGGAGGUGGUGCUUUUGGCUGAAUCUUCCUCCCGGUGCUCUGACAUUACUCUCAAUGCUGCUUUUCUUCCGGCCUCCCUCAAUCCAACGCGAGCGAACGGUCGUGCAGCGGAUCAAGAAUUUAGAUGUCCUUGGUUGUGCGAUCUUUGUACCUGCCAUCUUCGUGCUGCUUCUCGCAAUGAUGUGGGGGGGUACACAGAUGGAUUGGAAUUCGGCGACAGUCAUUGGGCUAUUUGUGGGCUCGGGUGUGAUGUUGAUUCUCAUCGUGUGCUGGGAAGGGUAUAAGGGCGAAAGUGCGAUGAUACCAGGGAAUGUAAUCACCAGACGAACGGUCCCCUCUUCAUGUGCACGGCUGCCGCUCUAUACACGCAAUUCUCAACAAUCCAACACUCCAUCAAGCCACUGGAUCGGCUUCCAAGUGAUUCAAGGCCUCGGUGUCGGAAUGGCCCAACAGAUGCCCUCGCUCAUCGUCCAGCACACUGUUCGCGACAGACCUGAACUCAUGCCGGUUGCAAUAUCACUCAAUCUUUUCUUCCAGUAUCUGGGCGCCGCAGUCACGCAGGUUCUCGGCGGGAUUGUAUUCCGCUCGGUCCUUAAUCCAGAACUAGCGGACCGCGCUGGUCUGAAUGCUCGGCAGAUUGCAAUGCUGUCUGCCGCCAGGACAGCGAAUAUGCGUUGUGUCGCAGAACGGGUGUUUUCCGAGUCCCUAGAUUCAAUCCUGGGGGCCUACAAUGAGGAUCAGUGA